AUGAUUUAGUAGUCUACUUAAUAAAAUAAUUUAAACAAUAGAUAGUCUAAUUUGAAAAUAAAUGAGUAAAAUAACUAAACAAGUAAUUAAAUGUUUGCUAAAGGAAGCUAAGUGUACGGAUAAACGCCAGGAGGAAUGUCUGAAAUUAGAAACAUUUAAAAUAAUAGAACGCCAUAAGGUUUUGACUAAGAAUACUAUAGUAGUAAUCAACAAUAUUAAUAUUAGCAAAGUUAGUAAGGGCUCUACUCACAAUGGGAUGAUACAAAAAAUAACUAAUUUAUUCAAUAAACUCCUAAUGCUUAGAUAAAUAAUUAAUAUAAUAAUUAGAAGUAAAAAAAUGAUAGGAUCUAAUAGGAUUAUAAUCAAGAUAGAUUUUAAUAACAGUAGUUAAAUUUAACUUAAAGCCAUAACAUUUACAAGGAUUAUCCUCCUGAAAACAAUCAAACAUAAUUUUAUAAAUAAAGUAAUUAUUAAUAGAAUCCAAGUUAAUAAAUGGGCUAUAAUAUUUACACGCCCAACCCAGAAACGCAAAAGAAAAAUGAAUCUCAGAUAAGAUAAUCAAAUUAAUAGAUAUUACAACAAUAAGAAAAUAGUGGAUAAAAUGGAAGCUAAUAUAGAUAUGAAACACCUAUAAGAAAUUAAACUCCGAUCUAAGAGUAGCUGAGGUUUUCACAGAAUAAAUAAGAUUCAAAUGAUCCAAACUUAGAAGAUUUGUAAGUAAGUAACAUCCCAGUAUCAUUACCUGUAAAGAUAUAGGGAAGUAUUAUCAAUCUUGAUUCCAAAAUUUCUUAAAGUAAUUUAAAUAAUAAAGAUAUGACUUUUUAAAUCAACAAUUCUAGCAGGAACUAUCAGCUACCUGAUAAUUAAAGAUAAAGUCACUCAUUUAAUACAAGCAAUUAUCCUCUUAUUAAUCCGACUGAAUCUCAAAGAGAAUAAUCAUCGGGAUAUUUUUAUAAGUAACAAAGCUAAUAAAAGCAAAUGAAUAAUCAACAAGCUUUCAAUCCAGAUGAAGAUGUCAAGCAAAAUUUAAAUUAGUAUGAUUUUGAUGAUGAUACAAAUAUGAACAAUUCUAACAAUCCAUUAAAUAAUAUAGUUCCUUAAACGAUUAAUUAUCAUCCAAGUAAAAUAAAAACUAAAUCAGGAAAUUUUAAUUACAAAAACUAGUAAAAACCAGAUGCAAGUUAUGAACAUAAAGAUGAAGCUAUACUAUGUUUAGAUGAAACUGAAUAACUUUAAGAUGAGAACAGCAAUAAUCUAAUAGUCUCAAGCUAUCAAAGAGAUAGUAAUAAAUGCAAACUAUAUAGCUAAUAUAAUGAUUUUAGUAAUAAUAAUUAGCAAAGGGAUGCUGAUUACUACAGAUCUGAUAAUGGAAGAAAAGAAUCACUAUUUAAAUAUGACCCAUCCAUGUUUUAAUCAAUUACAGGUUAUUUCUAUCCUUCUGUUGGAACAUAGUAAGCAAUAGCUGCCAGUUUUAAUAAAGAUGAAGCUUUACUAAGCUUGAACAAGUUUUACUAAAAUUAACCAUAAAAACUGUAAAUGUUUUAAUCAUUGAUUUAGAAAUAUUUGGUGGAAUAAGAAAGGGUUUUCAUUUAAAGGAUAAAUAGAGAGAUAUCUGGAUUAUAAAGUGCUGAAAACUUGGGUGAUUUUUUUAUCCAUAAAUAUAAAAACAAUUUACAAAAAAGGGUUGCGGGGUGCUCUCGUGCCUAAAUAUUUCCUGUUUAUAUUGGUGUCCGUGGAGAUGGAAAUUGUUUUUAUAGAGCACUUAUUGUAAAUUAUUUAGUCAUUCUAUUAAGCAAAUAUGAUACACUUGAUUAAUUUGAAUAGCUAAUAAUCGAUAUUUAUAACAAUAAGCAUCCAUUAAUUGAUUUAGAAUAUUAGGGUUAGACAAGAAGUGAUAGAGAUAACGUAAAAAUUAUUCUUAUGUAACAAUUUUUGCUUCUUCUGAUAGAACGUAUGUAGGCAACAACAAAGGAAGAAAUAUCUUUAUUUUUAAUGAAAAUGUUUGAUAGUAUAUCAAGUGACCAUGAUUUUGAUUACUCUCUUGUUGCACUUUGCCGCUCUAUGAUCUUAUAUGCCCUAGAAAAAUAUGGAACCCAUCAAGUUUAUCAAGAAUACUUAAUUUAAGAGGAUAUUGAAUAGACUCGUAUAAAAUUAUGUACUUAUAAAGAAGAUGCUGAAUACCAUGCAAUCAGUUUAAGUACUGAAAUAUUUAGACAUCCUAUAUAGAUAAUUUAGCUUUAGAAAGAUAAAUUUGGUAAUUUUGAAUUUAAUGAAAAAGUAAUCUAUCAGCCUAACGUGAACUAACCAGCUCAAGGUAAUAUAUACAUUUUACUGAAUGAUGGGCAUUAUGAUUUAGUUUUUGAUAGAGAAACAUGUCUUGACUAUUUUCCUUCUUUGAGCUUAUUCAACAACCAUUAGUAAUAUCAUGAUGAUUUAGAGCUUCUCAUUAAAUAACCAGGCAUUUAACAAAAUUUAAGAUAGUACUACAUAUAAUUGAUGGCAGAAUAUGAAAAAUUCCUAAAAGACUAAAGCAAUCAAGCAGUUAAAGUUAGAGAAUCAUAUAUUAAUUUACAAACUCUAUAUUAAACCAAAAUAGGUAGAAUUUCCUCAGUAUCAUCUAUUUUAAAUCACUAAGAAAAUUAAGAAAAUCUUGUUUCUAAAGUAAAUAAUAAUCAAUAACAAAAUCAUUUAGUCCUUUUUGAUUCUAUUAUUUCUCAAUCUCAAUCUCAACUUAAAGGAUAAAACACAAGCUAGCUUCUAUAAAGUGAUGGUAAAAAAAUUGAUAAUAUGGGGUCUUCAAAUGAAAAGCUUUUUUCUUAAAGAGAUGGAGAUACUUUUAAUUAGAAUUUAUUUGUAAAAAGAUAAACAUAAUAAAAUGAAACGUAACUCUAUUAAGAAGAUCACAAAGAGUUAAAAUUAAAAUCUAAUACUUAAGAUACAUAAACAGAUACUCCUAAUAUGUAAAGCUAAAUGCAUAUGAAAUCUACAGAUGAUUCUUCUAACUAUACAUUCCAAGGUGAGGGUAUAAAUUUUAAAAGUAACUUCUAUAAUUUACAUAGUGAUAAACUACAAAAGCAGUAAAAUUUUUCUUUGACACCUAAUCCCCCUUCAAUAAUCAGUGAUGGUUCGAAAAAGGAACCAAAAAUAUAGAAGUAAUAACAAAAUAAUGAUGUAUUUUUACCAUGUGAUCAUGCUGGGUAUAACGAUGUGGUUAUAAAAUCAAUAACAUGCUGUAAAGUUAAUUACGAAAUCUGUUAUCCUUGCUUUAAAACUAGAUAAAUUAUCAAAUGUUAAUUUUGCAACAAAGAACUACUAAGCAACAGUAGGAUAGCUUAGACAAGUAAGAAUAAACUUAUUUAUUGUAAGAAAUGUGAGUAGAAAACAGAUUUAGUAAUACUAUUUAAUAAAAUAUAUUGUAAAGCAUGUGUUAGCGAUUAAAAGUGA